AGCCGAGAGCGGCGCUGUGCGCAGCGGAUCGCUCCGCGGGGCUCUCCACCAGGCCGAACCAUAGAGUAUCCACGGGCCGGAGGACCAGAAAGAGAGGGCCACCGCCUGCAAAAAACGGAGCCUGCGCAGUAGUUUCCUCUGCGGGCGGAGGGAUAAUGGCGACGCUAGUGCUGGAUAACGGGGCCUACAACGCCAAGAUCGGUUACAGCCACGACAGCGUCAGUGUUAUUCCAAACUGUCAGUUCCGGUCAAAAACAGCACGUCUUAAAACCUUUACAGCCAAUCAAAUAGAUGAAAUAAAGGACCCUUCUGGACUCUUUUACAUCCUGCCUUUUCAGAAGGGCUAUUUGGUGAAUUGGGAUGUUCAGAGACAAGUUUGGGAUUACCUUUUUGGAAAAGAAAUGUAUCAGGUUGAUUUUGUUGACACGAACAUUAUAAUCACAGAACCUUAUUUCAACUUCACUUCAAUUCAAGAGUCGAUGAAUGAAAUCUUGUUUGAAGAAUAUCAGUUCCAAGCGGUGCUUAGAGUCAAUGCUGGAGGCCUGAGUGCACAUCGGUAUUUCCGAGAUAAUCCGUCUGAAUUAUGCUGCAUCAUUGUGGACAGUGGUUAUUCCUUUACACAUAUAGUACCAUAUUGUAGAAGUAAAAAGAAAAAGGAAGCAAUAAUUCGUAUUAAUGUCGGAGGAAAGCUUCUGACCAAUCAUCUAAAGGAGAUAAUUUCUUACAGACAGCUACAUGUCAUGGAUGAAACACAUGUAAUUAAUCAGGUGAAAGAAGAUGUAUGCUAUGUGUCUCAAGAUUUUUAUAAGGACAUGGAUAUUGCAAAAUUGAAAGGAGAAGAAAAUACAGUUAUGGUAGACUACGUUUUGCCUGAUUUCAGCACAAUUAAAAAGGGGUUUUGUAAGCCAAGGGAAGAGAUGGUGUUAAGUGGAAAGUAUAAGUCUGGGGAACAAAUUCUUCGUUUGGCAAAUGAGAGAUUUGCUGUUCCAGAAAUACUUUUUAAUCCUUCUGAUAUAGGCAUUCAAGAAAUGGGAAUCCCAGAAGCUAUUGUCUAUUCUAUUCAGAAUCUGCCUGAAGAAAUGCAGCCCCAUUUCUUCAAGAAUAUUGUUUUGACUGGAGGAAACACCCUCUUUCCAGGAUUCAGGGAUCGGGUUUAUUCAGAGGUUCGGUGUCUCACUCCAACAGAUUAUGAUGUUUCUGUUGUGCUUCCUGAAAACCCAAUUACUUAUUCCUGGGAAGGUGGAAAGCUGAUAUCAGAGAAUGAUGAUUUUGAAGAUAUGGUAGUAACAAGAGAAGAUUAUGAAGAAAAUGGACAUUGCAUAUGUGAAGAGAAAUUUGAUAUUUAAAGAACAUUCCUGAAUGGACGUCUUUAUGCAGUUCUUUUUAAAGAAGCUAAUGAGCACUAUUGUGAUCUUUCAUCUUGGAAAGUGUCUUGAGUUGAUUGACAUACUUUGUGUUAGAGCUUUGGAAAGCUUAGCUUCAGUGACUCAUACCAUAAAUGGUAAGUAUGAAGGGGUGUAUGUACUUUUAUUGUACACUUUUAUUUAGGAGCGAGGCUUCUGUCGAGGCUUGCACUAUUUUUUUAGGGCAGGUUACUUUUCAUUGAUGAAUGAGAGACUAAAUGCAUUUAAAAUUUUAUUCUUUAUAGUUACAAGAACAGAUUCAGCCUUUGAUAGUUCAUUUUUUUUUGCAUAUAUGUGAUUGGAAAUAAGGAGAGAUUUUUUGGCUUCAAAACAAUAAUUUAAAUAGUGUUCUAAUUUUUACUUAGAGCAUAUUUAAUAAAUUGCCUUUAGUGUGUAGUCUUUCA